AACUGUGAAUCCUGCCCCUCUUCCAUCACUCAUCUAAAGGGGAGUAUCUGGGCAUUGCAAGCCCUCUAUUCAGUUAUGACGGAGCCUCGCGCCCGUGCUGCCCGCCAUAAGGGGCAGCAGAAUUUCGCUCCUGAUCUCAAGGCAUUACUUUUCGCAUACGGAGAUGAUAGGGAGCCGCUUCCUGAGACAGUCAAAGUUCUCGAUGAGAUUGUGACAGACUACAUUAUUGAAACAUGCCAUGAAGCGGCAUUAUCUGCUUCGUACAGCAGGCGCGCGAAGAUCAAGGUUGAUGACUUCAAGUUUGCGCUCCGCAGAGACCCUCAGAAGCUAGGCCGUGUUCAGGAGCUCUUGACGAUGGACAAGGUCUUGAAACAAGCUCGGAGGCAGUUCGAUGAGAAGGAUGAUCAGGUCGAAAUUGCGAAGAUGGAGGCAAAAGAACAAGAAAAGGAGGACAAGCAAAAGGACAAGACCGAGAGCAAAUAAGCUGGAGCGAGCCUUUUCGGAUCCAAAGGAUGCUGGAGCUGGGCUCUUAUCUUACAUCAUAUGCAUCAUUUUGGCGUUUGAGACUCGUUUACGUGGAUACAACGGUAGUAUGGCACAUGGGACGGCGUUAAAUUUUGAAAUUAAUGGUGGUCAUAAACUUGAAUUUGAUUUCUACACACUCAGACGCCAAACAAUGAGCUAGGAGAAAUUGUAGCCUAUAUAAUAGCCACCUCAAUACACAGUAACUUUUUCCGCCUUUUA